CAACCGUCGGGUGUCGCGUUUCGGACCCAUCCCCCCCCCCACACAGAGCAGCCGGUGCUGUAAGAAGUUCGGUCUGUAUCCCACCAAUACGGGGAGUUUGGACAACUUUCUAGGUUGGUAGGAUUUGUUCACACAAAUCGUAGUUCCCUACCUGUCAGCUUACAGUUAGCUAGUAGGGAUCUACUGUCUACUGUUGGCUCUCUCGGUGAAGUAGGGGUGUUGGUCGGAACAAGCCUUGGCUUUUUUCACAUCUUUGGCUACGGACUCCGUCUGUGUUUCGGCGUCAUACACACGCACAUACACACAAGAGUCCCUCUCUGCGUUUUGUUCGUUGCUGUGGGAAGUGUUUGUCUCCGUAGUAGUGCUUUGGUCGUGAUACUCAGAACCACGGUUCAUUUGUAGUUAGCGAUCAUGAGCAACAGUGGAGCUUCGACUCCUCACAACAGUUCAUCGUCGACGCCGCCGCCGCCGCCUCCGUCCCAAUCGGAUCCACUGACGGUGGGGACGCGUUUCGUCAAGCAGUAUUACCAAGUGCUGUCGACGACUCCCGAUCAGAUCCACCGUUUCUACCAACCCACUUCCUGGUUGUCGGCGGGACACGGAUCGGAGCCCACAAUCCCGGCAACCUUGGAAACCAUCCAGGCGAGUCUCAAAUCUCGUUUCGUCAUUGCGGAGUCGUCGACGGACCCGAACAACGCCGAGAAGCAUGCGGAAACUCCCAUACGCUUCGAGUUUGAGCACGGAGCGAUUGAUGCGCAGUGGUCCGUGCAGGGUGGCGUCUUGCUCGUUGUCACGGGGCAAGUUCUCGUCCCCCUACUCAACGAAGAAAAGGAUACCAAAAAAUCUUUCGUGCAUACCUUCUUCUUGGGAUCCACGACUGCGGCGGGGAACAAAAAGAGUUACUACGUGCAUAACGAUAUUUUGCGAUUCGUCUACCAACCGGAAACGGUCUCGACCGCUACUCCCGUGGCUGCUCCCUCCUCGUCCCAGGAAGAAUCCGAGGAAGCCAAGGGAGCAAAAACGAAUGGUGCCACCGUGGAAGUGACGAACACGACAAACACUACCAUCCAGGAGAAAGUAACGGAAACAGUAUCGCUGGUGGAAGCAUCGGUGCCGUUUCUGGAAACAUCGGCGCCUGAGGCUCCAGGCGGUGGCGUAGAGGAAAGCAAAGAGCUCGUACCGGAGGACAUCCAGCCCGAGGCCGAUCACGAUCCCGGUAGAGGCGUGGAAGAGAGCAAAGAAGUGGAAGAAGAGACGACUGCCGGAACGGGAAAUUCCGUGGCGGGUCCCCCCGGCUCGUGGGCUAGUUUGGUGGCACGCAGUGGCACUAGUAGUGCACCUCCGACCCCCACUCCGGGGACUCCGGCGCGUGGAGCCCGGCAGACAAGUUCGCAAAAGCCGUCUACUGCCGCGAAAGCAGCCGAGAAGCCACUGAAUGCGGAACUCAAAGGUUCCAGCGCAAUGUCCAGCAGUACUGGAGCUUCAGCGAAAUCAGGUGAAGGGACAACUUUGGUGGACAAGAACAAUGCGAACGCCAAUACCAAUAAUCUUGCUUCGAAAUCCACUAGGCCUCGUCUCCCGACCUCGAAACGCGAUCCGGACAUGACUUUGGUAAUCAAGAACAUUUCGCCAGAAACGACAGAGGCUGAUAUUCGUGGUUUGUUUGAACAGUUUGCGAUAAGUACCGAUGCAAAAGUGAUGGGCUGCACGGUAUCGUCGCACCGUAUCGUCGCCUUUGUCGACUACAGUAGCCCGGCAGCGGUUUUGGCCGCGAUCGAAGCGCAUAACAACAAGCCCUUGGUUUUACACGACCAAGUUUUGGUGCUGUACCAAAAAACGUUUGAGAAGACGGGCGGUCGCCACGGUGGAGCUCCUAGCGGAAGCAUCGGCGGUGGCAGCAGCAGUGGAGGAAGACAACCCCGGCGUGGAGGAGGGCGUGGCGACAGAGGAGGAAGUGGCCGUGGUGGACGUGGAGGACGAAGUGGUCAGUAGAAAAAGGAGACGUGGUAGUGCUGGUCAAGGCACAUUUGCUGCAAAGAAAGAGAUUUCUGUUGCUCUAAAAGAUCGACGGCCAAAUGUAUUGGACGACGACCACAAAAUUUGGUACAAUGUACAAGUCAAUUGUGUAGCUAAACGGAAUGCGCAUAGAUAUUGUAUCUUGGCUUAGAG